AUGGCAACCAAGAUUUUGGCACGCUACGGCGGUCAGGAUGUUUCUCAGUUGUCUGAGAAACAUGCUAAAACGCUCGAGUGGGCCAAAGGGCCCUCCGCACCAGAGGAGAUAGAGGAAAUCCUCCGGUACUGCAACCCGCAACUGCCCACGCAAAACUGGAGGGUUAUCAGGUUUGAGGGGUCCGAGGAAUCGCAUCGGCAAGCGCUGAUUUUACUUAACGCUGAGUCCCUCGGUCCACUCGAUGAGUCAGGGGGAGUCAUAACUUAUGGCUUCGAAAGGGUAGUUCUUAGGGUCUACCAAUCCGAUGCCAGGAGAGAUGGCUCUCAACCUCCGGAGGCGCCGAUGAUAGGCCAGCCCGAGGCGGAGGAAACCCCCAUGAGCAUGGAGGUAGAAUCCGCCACGUCUGAAGCUGAAAGUGCUGGGGACGCUCUCUCAACCGAGGGAUCCGUCAUCAGCAUCGGACGGUUUUAUGACAGGGUGGAGGAAGAGAGGCUUCUAGCCUCGGUCAACGAGGACGCCGAACUGGCAUGGCUGGAGGAAACUUUGGAGGAUGAAGAUCCUGCAGAUAAAUCUCCAACACUCUAA